AUGGCAUUUUUCCAGCUCUCAUGGGCUUCUGCAUCUCCCCCCUACACGCAACUUCCCACCCCUUGGGCGUUGCCAAGAUAUUUGGUGAGGGGGAGUGGAGUAUUGAAGCGAGGGCGCGAAGUUGCACGUGCACGCUUCACGAGUCCAUUGGAAGCAUUUGGUCGGCGAUCAUCUGGCUUUCUUCUCUUCUUUCUUUUCUUCCUUUUUCGGGCCUGGCUGGGCUUUUGGCUUUGGGAAAAAAGAAAGAGUGGGUACUCAUUCAGCGUUUUGCAAAGUUUUUUUUUACUACUAGGAUCACGCACCUUUCGUUUGUUGGCUGGUUAUCUAGGUAUCCAACCGCCACCGUUCACCGUCGGGGAGUUGGGAGUUGGACUGCUGUGGAGAGGGCGAACAUGUGUGCGUGCAUGUACGCUAUCAACCAAAGCACAGUCAUCCAUUCGAUAG